AUGGUGAAACAGGAGCCAUUCGGCGUUGAACAGUUCAUGGACAAGUAUGAGACGUCCAUCAAGUACAAUAUGGGUGAGACAUGUGUUGAUUCGCUUAAAAUGAAUGAAAUCAUUCCCGAGUCUGAGCAAGCAGACGUUGCUAAGACUUUGCUCGAUACCAAAUUGGUAUACGGCCAUAUCAGAGGCUCGCCUGAGUUGAAAAGCCAGAUUUCUGCUCUAUAUGAUGAUAGUAUCACUCCAGAGAACGUGGUGGUGACCAAUGGUGCCAUUGGAGCCAACUUCUUGCUCUUCUAUAGCUUGGUGGAGAAGGGAGAUCACGUUUUGGUGGUUGAACCAAGCUACCAGCAGCUUAGUUCUGUUCCAAAGAUGUUUGGCGGUAAUGUGGAUACCUUCAAGAUUCUUCUUGAGGAUAGUUACUUGCCAAACUUGGCCUCAUUGGAAGAGUCUAUCAAGACAAACAAGACCAGGCUUCUUGUAAUUAACAACCCAAACAAUCCAACGGGUUUUGUUUGGGACAAUGAAAUUAUGGAGAAGAUUGUUGGAAUUUGCCAAUCAUAUAAUGUCACACUUAUGUGUGACGAGGUGUACAGACCCCUUUACCAUGAAGCCAAUGGUACCAAAUCAGUGGUGUCAUUUGGAUACGAGAAUACCAUAUCCACAGGUUCCAUGUCCAAGGCAUUUUCUUUGGCCGGUCUUAGAUUGGGCUGGAUCGUCACUAAAGAUGCAGCGUUGAUCGAAUCAAUCUACGAAAAAAGAGACUACAAUACAAUCUCUGUACUGAUGGUAGAUGAUUUGUUAGCAACAAUUGCCUUAAAACACAAGGAUAACAUUCUCGAGCGGGGACAUGCAAUUUGCAAGAAUAACCUUGAUGUGCUUGAAGAAGCUAUUACAAAGCUGAAUGGCUUAUUACAAUGGCAGCGUCCCCGUGGGGGAAGCACCUGUUUUGUGAAAAUAAACGCCGAAGUGAAUACCUUGGCAAUGGCAGAGGAAUUAGCUACCAAGCACGGUGUCUUACUUGUACCCGGGGAAUUGUUUAACCAAUCCGGCAGUGUAAGAAUUGGGUUUGGGAACGGUGAACGUGAUAUUAAGGAAGGAAUCAAGGUCUUGAUCCUGUGGCUCGCCGACCGAUCCGGGAGAUAG